GGAGUGCAGUGUAGGCAGGAGUUUCAAGCGGACUCUCCCGCGCUAAGUUUCUGUCUUUUGAAGUAGGGGAGGUUUUCCUGUUUUCUUUUAUUGUCUUUUUUUUUUUUUGGAGGCAGUUUUAAUCGCUUUGAAUAAAUUCUCCCUUAAGUGACUAAACGUAGGAAGAGGAAAAAGAACACGUCGGUUAAAGCAGGGAAGAGAGACCUGCCCUAUAGAGUGACUGCUCUAGAAAUUUAAAUAUAUAUAUACAUAUAAGCCAGAAUAUUUUAAUAAAUCCUGAAAUGUCGAGAUUUGUACAAGAUCUUAGCAAAGCCAUGUCUCAAGAUGGUGCUUCUCAAUUCCAAGAAGUCAUUCGACAAGAGCUAGAACUAUCUGUGAAGAAGGAACUGGAAAAAAUACUCACCACAGCGCCAUGCCAUGAGUUUGAGCACACCCAAAAAGACCUUGAUGGAUUUCGGAAGCUAUUUCACAGAUUUUUGCAAGAAAAGGGACCUUCUGUGGAUUGGGGAAAAAUCCAGAGACCUCCAGAAGAUUCGAUUCAACCAUAUGAAAAAAUAAAGGCCAGGGGCUUACCUGAUAAUGUAUCUUCUGUGCUGAACAAGCUGGUGGUAGUGAAACUCAAUGGUGGUCUGGGUACCAGCAUGGGCUGCAAAGGCCCCAAAAGUCUGAUCGGUGUGAGGAAUGAGAAUACCUUUUUGGAUCUGACGGUUCAGCAAAUUGAACAUUUGAACAAAACCUACAAUACAGAUGUUCCUCUUGUUCUGAUGAACUCUUUUAACACGGAUGAGGAUACAAAAAAAAUACUACAGAAGUACAAUCAUUGUCGUGUGAAAAUCUACACUUUUAAUCAAAGCAGGUACCCAAGGAUUAAUAAAGAAUCUUUACUGCCUGUAGCAAAGGAUGUAUCGUACUCAGGGGAAAACACAGAAGCUUGGUACCCUCCAGGUCAUGGUGAUAUUUACGCCAGUUUCUACAACUCUGGUUUGCUUGAUACCUUUAUAGGAGAAGGCAAAGAGUAUAUUUUUGUGUCUAACAUAGAUAAUCUGGGUGCUACAGUGGAUCUUUAUAUUCUUAAUCAUCUAAUGAACCCACCCAAUGGAAAACCCUGUGAAUUUGUCAUGGAAGUCACAGACAAAACACGUGCAGAUGUAAAGGGUGGGACACUCACUCAGUAUGAAGGCAAAUUGAGAUUGGUGGAAAUUGCUCAAGUGCCAAAAGCACAUGUUGAUGAGUUCAAGUCUGUAUCAAAAUUCAAAAUAUUUAACACAAACAACUUGUGGAUCUCUCUUGCAGCAGUUAAAAGACUGCAAGAGCGGAAUGCUAUUGACAUGGAAAUCAUUGUGAAUCCAAAGACUUUGGAUGGAGGCCUGAAUGUCAUUCAGUUAGAAACUGCAGUAGGGGCUGCCAUUAAAAGUUUUGAGAACUCUCUAGGUAUUAAUGUUCCUAGGAGCCGUUUUCUGCCUGUCAAGACCACAUCAGAUCUUCUGCUUGUGAUGUCAAAUCUCUAUAGCCUUAAUGCAGGAUCUUUGACAAUGAGUGAGAAGCGGGAAUUUCCUACUGUGCCCUUGGUUAAAUUAGGCAGUUCUUUUACAAAGGUUCAGGAUUAUCUAAGGAGAUUUGAAAGUAUACCAGAUAUGCUUGAAUUGGAUCACCUCACAGUUUCAGGAGAUGUGACAUUUGGCAAGAAUGUUUCAUUAAAGGGAACAGUUAUCAUCAUUGCAAAUCAUGGUGACCGGAUUGACAUCCCACCUGGAGCAGUAUUAGAGAACAAGAUUGUAUCUGGGAACCUUCGUAUCUUGGACCACUGAAAUGAAAAAUACUAUGUACACUUUAUACUAAUCAUGGGCUAAACAGUUUCUUACAGUGAAAUGUGUUCUUUAGGAUUCUAAAAUAGGCAGGUACCUUACUAUGUUACUGUACUCUGCAGUGUUAAUUUUUAAAGCCGUUUUCUGCAGUAAGCUUUUAGUUUAAGAAAAGCACCGAUGGAAGCAAUACUUUUCUUCUUUGAAGAGAAUCCUGAAAGGUAGUUCAUCUUAAAGUGCAAUACUGUUUAAUCUCAGAACUGGGGCUGCUCUGCUGGAAAAGCUUUUAAUGGAGGCCUCAACAAUGGUCACUUUGAACUGAUUUCAAAAAUAAAGCUCUGAAGCAACA